CUCCUUCCGUUUUAGAGUAGGGCUUACAUGAGGAGUUUCCUUUUUCACUUCAAAACGAUAUUCACAUGGUGUUCUGAGGCCGAACGUUACGAAGAUGCUGAUUGGCUAGUCAGUUGCGCAUCGAGGAUUGUCAACCAAUGAGAGGCUGGGAAUCCCUUCAAAACCGACGCUUUCAUCUUAACUCGACUUCACACCGGUUCGUCUUGCCCGGUCCAUGUUUUGCGCGGCCUUUCGUCGUUUUGUUGUUUGGAGUAAGCGCUUCGCUUGUGGGGAUCGCGUUAUUGCGAAUUUCGUUCUAAAGUUUACGGAACCUAUUGAAUUCCGUUCGGGUGGUACAUUGCCCGUUUGUUCGGGCACGAGAUUUUGCGCGGAAUUCUAUUCUACUCGCACUGUGCAACCCAUCUUACUGAUCAACAUGUCACCAAGGGGCAAAGCGAAGGCAAAAAAAAACACUGAAGAAAAUGGAAGCGAGAAACGCGUUAGAGAAUCAAGGAAUGUAAAAGCCGCUUCGUACAAAGAUUUUUCCGAUUCUGAAGAUGAUAAGCCUGUUCGUAGGAGGAAGAAAGACUCAGAUUCCGAGGUAUCACUUUCUGAAGAAGAGAAACCUAAGAAAGUAGUUGCUAAAGGAAGAGGUAGGGCUGCACCACGAUCGAAAAAACAGGAAUCUGAGUCAGAUGAGGCAUCGGAAUUCAACAGUGAUGAAUCCUCUGGAGGGGAUUCAAGGAAAAAGAAGAAGAAACCAGCCAGGAAACCAGUUAGGUCUCUACGAACUCCUCAACGAGCAUCUUAUAAAGACCUAUCAGAUUCCGAAGAUGAGUCUAAUAAUGAAGAGGAGGAUGAUGAAGAAUCAUCAGAGAAGGAAGAUAAACGAGCUGGAGGCAAGCGGAAGAGAGGUAGUCCACCAAAGAAAGUGGGAAAAAAGAGCAAGAAAAAUGAAUCGUCAGGAUCUGAAGAUGAAGAGCUGGAUGAGGAGGAAGAAGAGGAAGUAGAGGAUGAAGAGGAAAAUGAAGAAGAUGGGGAAGGAAAGGGAAAAGCCGAUAAACCCUCCUCAAAGAAGAAAGCUGUUGAUGAGACUUCUAGUGAACCUGGCAAUAAAUCUAAGGGAGAAUCAGAGAAAAAAGUUGAAAAGUCUUCAAGACCAGAACAUGAGUUAUCAGAAGAGGAAGAUGGUGAUGAGGAAAUGGAGAAGGAGCAGCCAGUCAAAUCAGAUUCAAAAGAAGUUAAAGAUGCUGGAAAUGAUACGAAAAAGAGAGGAAGGCCCCCUAAGAAUGCUGCAAAGGUUGAGGAAGAUGAAGAUGAUGAUGAUGCGGAGGAGGAAGAACCACUACCCAAAAAAGCGAAAGCUGGGGAGAAGGCCUUAUUGAACAAAACGGAAAGUAACUAUGCUUCAAUUGAUUUUUCUUCCGAAGCAAAAACAAAAGAUGGUAAGCCAUGGAAUUUUAAAAUAUCAUCUUGGAAUGUGGCUGGUCUGAAGGCAUGGGUAAAGAAAAAUGGAAUGGAAUAUAUUAAACGUGAAGAUCCUGACAUCAUUUGUCUGCAAGAGACAAAAUGCUCUGAGAAGAAACUACCCCCAGAAUCAAAAGUAGAGGGGUACCAUGCAUAUUGGCACUCGGGCGAAAAAGAGGGAUAUGCUGGUGUUGCUAUCCUUUCUAAAACAAAACCCUUGGAUGUCAAAUUUGGCAUUGAAAAGACCGAACUCGAUAAUGAAGGUCGUGUCAUCACAGCUGAAUACGAGAAGUUUUACCUCGUUAAUGUUUAUGUUCCAAAUGCAGGUCAAGGCUUAAAGUCCCUUCCGAGGCGUCUAGAGUGGGAUCCAGCUUUCCGUGCCUAUCUGAAAAGCUUGGAUGAAAAGAAACCUGUUAUUUUAUGUGGAGAUUUGAAUGUGGCUCAUAAUGAAAUAGAUUUAGCCAAUCCUAAAACAAACACCAAAAGUGCUGGCUUUACACCUCAAGAAAGAGAAGGAAUGACAGAACUGCUGAAGCAAGGCUUUGUUGAUACUUUUAGAAGUUUAUAUCCCGACAAAACAGGUGCCUACAGUUUUUGGACGUACAUGAGUAAUGCUCGUUCGCGGAAUGUUGGCUGGAGGUUGGACUACUUCAUCACCUCGGAGAGAUUCGUGCCACAAAUUUGUGACAAUGUCAUUCGGAAUGAAGUUUUUGGAAGUGACCAUUGUCCCAUUACCUUGUUUGCAAAUGUGUAAACAAUUUCUGGAAAAAUGUAUAUAGGACCUUCACCUUUGCGCAUCUAUUUUAAAAAAGUUUUCUCUGUACUUCAUUCCAA